CCUGUGGUUUCGGUGGUUUCAAUAUGGCGACCGCAUCGCCAUCAUCAUCGUCAUCAUCGUCAUCAUUUAUAACCACCACAGUUCGCGACCUUGGCAACUUACAGCAGCUGUCAAAGAAAGAAAAAGCCUUUCUAACCGAGGGGAUCAAAGACAAGAAGCUCUUCCCUCCGCUGCCUACUCCGGACGAAGAUGCCUGGCUUUCUUCACACACGGAAACGCAACAGUCACACGCAGCUUGGUCGCGGAAAUUUCAAUCCGUCGUUACAGCAGCCAGUCAAAACAACAAAAUAUGUCUUGUACCUCUAGGCGAUGAAUGGACGGAGUCUGAAGUAGACAUUGAUAAGAGCACCAGAAAAGAAAGUUUCUUGUCCUUGCUUCAACGUUUUGCAGCUGCUUUCUUUACUGGUGAGGUUUGUUGAUCUGACGACCGAAAUUGGCUUGCAAGAACUCUUCAGUAUUGUUUACAUUUUUUUCCCGAGAAAAAUGCCUCUGCUCCGGUUUUCCUGAAUUCAAAUGCUGGCUUGAGUCGCCUGUGUACAGACGUCCGCCCUCCCUCAGGAAAAAUGACGUCUCCUCUCCCGAUAUUUUCCUGAGGGAGGGGGGACGUCUGUACACAGGCUAGGCUUGAGCUCUUUAAUGAUUGUAAAAGUAGGACCAGGCCAGGCUUGGUUUUACAAGUAAGCCGGAGUCAGAGUUGUAAUCAGAAGCGUAGAGCGUGAGGUUGUAGUAAAGACAACUUUCUGAUUCUGCUUAUGACCCUAGCUGUCACUGACCAUCCAGGGAGAAGUACUGUAGGUUGUUGAGCGAGCAGAAAUGGAAGGACUAAUAAACCAAUCAUAAGGCACCGUGACCGGUUUAUGGCCUUCAACGAUCUUGUUUUUACCACAUUGUAAGCGGCUUGGUUUUGUUUCGCAAAGUGCAGUAAGCAAUGGAGUCCUAAGCGGAGUCGGACGAAAAUUUGGAAAUGUUCCUGAUUCUCACAAUGUCGACUUCGCUGUACUUAUGACUUCGAUGUCUUAUUUUCACUAGGUCAGAAGUGCUCUUACAACUCCACAUGUGACUUUUGCUAUUGUGAACCAGCGUUCAGUAAUAUAUUUUAUUUUACAGGUUAUCAAGUUGUGGUUCUGCCCUCAGUCUCUAUAAACAAGCUCAAAUGUAAAACUCGUAGGCAUUGUGGCCAUUUGCAGCUUUUUAUCCCCGAUGUGUACAAAUACUUGCAAUCAAAAUGGCCUCGAGGGGCAUUCUGUGUUGUUGGAAUCACCAUGAUUGAUCUGUAUCCAAAUGAAAGCUGGAACUUUGUCUUUGGCCAGGCAAAUCCUGGUGCUGGCGUUGGUGUGUUCAGCUUUGCGAGAUAUGAUCCACUUUUCCACGAACAUCAUUCUGUUGCUAAUAAAUCACCUUGCACAAGUACUCUAGUACUGUGGCGUAGUUGUAAGGUAGUUCAUCAUUUUCCUGGAAGUUGUUUAUAUUUCCUUAAUCUACUGUCGAGGGGCAGAAGUUACAGGGGACAACUUUUGCUGUCUGUUACAGACCAAAAAAGUGGACUUUUAGAGACCCAAACCCAUUGGUCUGUUCAGUGGUCAAAGACCAAAGAUGACUCAAGAAUCUUCCCUCACAUUAUAGAUCUCAUUUGAGUUACUUAUCUGAAAAUUUCCGUUCAUUAAUAGCCAUUUUGUAAUGGAAUAAUAAUUGUCCUUUUUAACCUGCUUAUUUUCCGAAAGAGAUGGUCCAUUUAAGGCUCUUCAACCUCAGUCUUACAAGUAACUCUGUUCAAAAUGAAAUCCUGUCUUCAUCAGGGAUUCAGUCACAAAAAUCAGUGCUUUCUCACCCUGCACAUCCUCUGUAGGAUGUUCAGUAGAAGAUCCACGUGCAAAUUCUCCAGACUGGUCCCCAUACAUUUCAUUAAAAAAAUAAGUUGAGAGAAUUUAAUAAAAGAUCGAAACAUCAUUUCCCAUUGGUGAUCAUUUUAUUAAUUCUCACAAGGAUUUCUCUUGAUGAGGUAUGGAUAUUGUUGGGAGAAAAUUGAUGUUGGUCACUUGUGGGACUUAAAGGGUUAAAUUAAACUCAGACUGUUCUAUUUUUUGUUCUAAAGGUGAUGACUCAUGAAAUAAGCCAUUUAUUUUGCCUGAAACACUGUGUUUACUUCUCUUGUGCUAUGAAUGGCAGUAACCAUCUAGAGGAAUCUAACAGACGGCCAAUGUUCACAUGUCCUGUUUGCCUUAACAAGUUGAAGUCCUGUCUUGGAUUUGACAUAAGGAAACGAUACCAAGCCUUGCUGGAAUUCUGCCAAUCAGUUCAGGAUGAAAACUUUGCAGAGGCUUGUGUGUGGCUAGAAAAUGCAAUUGAGAAACUUUCAUGA